AGAUGGCUGCAUUGUGGAAGGCCAAGUGAAGUGUCGGCAGUUAAUGGUGUUAGUGUAUUUUAAGCUUCACGGCCAAAAGGAUGCAAAUCACUAUGCGACUAUAGGCGAGUCCUUUCAUGGUGUUUUAAUAAAACAAUCAGACGCGUCGAAUCCGUUACAUUGUGUUCGUGUGUAGUUUACCGUUUGAAUGCGUGUUCGUACGUCGUGUCGUGCCUUGGCAUUGCCAACAAAUGUACGCCGCAUUCGUCGGUCGUGUGAAACGUGUUUCAAAUUUGCACGUGUGUCCUUGCGACGCUGACGCUGACGCUUCACUCGCAUCUGUUUUCGCACCACAGACACAACGCGUGCAUACGGAUUUGUGCGCGAGUGUGCGUGUCACAAUAGAAACAUUUGUAAUAAAAGUAUAAAAAUCGUCGGGAAGUGGAAAUGUGACACGUUUUGUGUAGAAAAAAUAUGAAACCGUUAUAUGGCGCAGUGGAAAAAAGUUGCACGCGAUUUAAUGCAGGCUUAAAGUAGUCGUCAGGCGUCAGGCAGAUAAACGAAAUUGACUGAGAAAAAUGCUCAACGAAUUGCAAUCAAAACUAGGCGAGUGGCACAGAACUACCAUUUCGCUGAGGAAUGAAGCUUAGGAACUUUUGAAAAAAAACGAAAUUUGAAUAUGAAUAAAAGAGAGAUGGAUUGACCCGAUUAUGCAGAACAGUGUAAUACAUAGUAAUAAUGCAUUGACCUGGCAUUGCAGAAUUGUUAACAAAACACCGCCGGAUCUGGCCCUGACAGAUAAUUUUUAAAGUUCAUGCCAACUUGCUAGGAACUAGCUCAUUCUGUCUCAAGGGAGACAAAUUUUGGGGUUUUGUCCAACUAACUUAAAAUGAAUACACAAUAUAGAAACUUUUUAUUACGAAUCCAACUGAAGCUUAAAAUUAAAAUGUCUUAGUUCCUGGUAAAGCUGAAAAAAGCCAAGUCAAGUUAGCUCAGGGAUUUCCAAUGCAACUCACCUAGAAACAGUAGUCUCUAAUGUUAACUAAACUGUCAUAAAAAGCUUCAUUUCAGACGAUUGUUUCAGCAGCAAAAUCAUUCUACAUAGAAAGGAACGAGCAGUAAUCACUUGGUGCCAAAUCCGGACCGAAUCGGAUACAAGAUGGAUGCAUAAAACUAUCUAAACCAACUUAUCUUGAAGCGAUUUUUCCUCCAGCAAAAUCAUUUGACAUCGGAAGGAACAGCUAGUGAUCACUUGGUCCCAUUUUGGAUUCGAAGUUUGAUGCGCUGGAUGCUCCCAACAAGCUUCUGGCGAGUCGUUGUCGGGAUGCUUGGCCUAACAUUGUUCCGAUGGCACACAUUUAUUCUCAUAUCGUCUAACCCUGGCCUUUUUUGGGCGAUUGCUGCAUUCUGACAGUCCAAUUUUUCACUAUACAAAUGUAAAUUAAGAGUCUGGCUGUUGUGGAGCAGCACAUAGUGGAAAAUUUCUUGGCUCUAGAGCUUCUACCGAGUCAUUAUCGAUAUGUGUGGGCUGGAGUUGUGCCUAUAGGACGAACUUCUUCUCCUAUUACCCAAAGCUAGCCGCUUCUGGGCGAAUGCUUAUAUCCAACUGUCUUAUUCUCCACAAUACAGAUAGGGAAUGAGAGUUCGGACCUAGGGAAGUAGCUCAUAGAAGAAUCAUAAUCGAUGUGCAUGACCUGGUGUUGUCCCGAUGAAACACAUUUCAUUUCCUUUUGGCCAAAGCUGACCACUUUUGGGCGAAUGCUUCUCUCUGACUGUCUUAUUCUCCACAAUAUAGGUCGGAAAACUACGUCUCUACUUAUUUCGCUGGACAAACUUACAUAGACUUAGCGUAGAUUCAGGCAAGAUUUAUGCCAAUAAGUUCGCGUUCUAAUAGCCACCAAGUUAUAAUAGCAUUCAUGGCCCCCAAAGGUUAAAGUAGUGAAAAAAAUUGACUAAGCCAAUUAUGCAGAGUCAUUUAAAACAAUUUCUUUCUGAACUUGUGCCCUCUUUUUGCUAACCAAGGAGGCGCAGAGAGACUGUAAGCCAACCGCGAUAAAAACGGAUAUCACUUUAGCGACUCGUUGGGCAAGCAGCCAACAGGCAAUCAGCCACUGCGACUUGGCUGGCAUUUAACACAAUCAUUAAAUAAUAACUUGCUGGCAUUUCCAUUUGCAUUUCAUGCACCCCUCAUUCCCCUCUACACAUUUCAUUUUUGCAAUUAUGCCAGCUGGACAUUUGAACGCAUAAUGCUGCGGAGAACACUUGUUAAUGAGGCCUGAGCCUAGUAAUUAAAGAACGCUGUCUAACCACACAACUGCAGAGCGAUGGGUGAAUGCGCCUAAAAAUGUGCCACAAUAUAGUGUGUAUAGAAAAGUGUAAACUGCAUAAGUAAAUCGAUGUACGCGCAUGUGUUGCGAUGGCUAGGGCAGCACGCAGCAUCCGCGCGAUUGCAUACGGGACACAGGCCCGUAGCCAGCUUUUCAUUUCGGGGGGGGCUGAAGUAAAAACAUAUAUGUAUAAACUUUAAAUUUUCUGUUUAUUAAAAAAAACGAUAUAAAUUCAUAUACAUAUUACUUAAAUGAUUUGGUAGUUGUAACUUAAAUAAGUAAUAUUUUUCUUUUCUUCUUUUUUGCCAUAUCAUUAAUUACUUCAUCUGGAUCUAUUUUAAUAUCCCAGUGCACUGCAAUAACAGCAAGUGCACUCAGCCGCUCAUUGCCCAUCACACUGCGUGGUAAAGUUUUUAUUCUUUUUAAGGUUGAAAAAGUUCUUUCAACGGAAGCGGUCGUCAUUGGAAGAGUUGCUAAAAUUGUAAGCAGGUAGUGAAUAUUUUUAAAAUACGUUGCAUCGCAAUGUUGCAGUAAUUUCAACACUUCUAUGGUUGGAUCUAUUGUUGAUAAGCUGGCACACCACAAUCGAUACUCUGAUUUUAAUGCUGUCAUUGAUAUUUGCUCCUCAAAGUAAAUAGUUAAAUUUUUUAAUUCUUCGGCAUUAUCAAUUGCAGCAAAACCUGGGAGUAGAAUUUGAAAUGACGAGAGUAUAUCCUCAUUCACUAAUAAACGUUCUGUCAUCUUUUGAAUCAGAGCAUCAACGCAUGGAAUAAAUAUUGUAACUCUGAAGUGGCUUUCAGGGGUUGUGCAAGGUGGAUUAGCACGAGUAGUUUGACGCGAAGUGUCAAAAAGAUCUUUAGACAUUUGUGAUGCUGUUUGGAAAAUAUCGUUGAAAAAACCAUCCGCUGUUUCUGUUGUAGUUUGUUGUUUUAACGGUUAGCUAAUCCCCGUUAGGAUGGUAAGGGUUGUUUGUGUUGUCGUCGAGAUCAUCUAUCGGUAGGCCCAAGAAACGUGCUGUUUCGACGGGGUCGGAUCAAAGGGAAGAGGGUGUUAGAUGGGUGGGGUUUGUGGGGCAUGCAAAGAGGUCGCCAGUGUCAUGCGGAGACUCGUUGCAUGCAGGACAUACAUUAAUACCUAAUGUCGGGGUCGAUUCUGGAUAAGUAGGAGUUUAACCUGCUACAGUACCCAGAACGAAGUUGCGCUAGGGUCACUCGCGUUUCUCGCGGCAACUGGAGCUCUUCAUCUGCAAUAGGUGGUGCUUUGACUCCAAGAACGCCAUUCACGGGAAGGGAGUCGGUGAAGGUGUUAAUGGCUCCACUGUGAAUGGCGGUCAGUGCCUGUCUGAAGUCUGUAGCGUCCGAAGUGCGGUCGGCGUACUGUACGAUGUCGUCGACGUAGUCGAGGAAUGACCUCUUGAUGCUCCUUGGAGGCGGCUCCGCUCCAAGCAGAUGGCUGCAAGGGUGAUUCCUACGGAAACACCCCAGCAGGAACUGCCUGGAGAGGAGUUCAUUAUGCUCCUUUACAAGAAGCAUGCGCGUCUCACUAUGGAGGUGUUCGAUGGGAGACAUCAAGAGACAUCCCGUCGUAGUCCGGAGUGCUGUGUUCUGGCAGGUCUGUAGUUUCCUCAUCUGCGUGCCACUGCAUCCAGGCGACCAUAUCGGUGCUGCGUAGUUGAGGACCGGCCGGCCGAUUGCCUUGUAAGUUCCCAACAACGUUUCUUUGUCUUUUCCCCAUGUGCUGCCGGCUAGCGACUUGAGGAUCUUGUUGCGGCUCUGUACUUUGGCGAUAAUCGCGGUCGUAUGGGGAGAGAAGGAGCAUAGACUAUCAAGGGUUACGCCUAAAAUUUUAGGGUUAUUGACAGUCGGAAUUUUGACGCCGUCGACUGCAAUAUCAAGCUCAAGUCUAUACUCCUUCGUCCAGUUUGUGAAUAUGGUCGCCGUGGAUUUGGUGGGGGAAAGUUGGAGAUUCCGUGCAGUGAGGAAACGAGAAAGGUCGGAGAGGUAGCUGUUCACUUUCGAACACAUGCCAUCGAUUCCAUUGCCCGACGUCAAUAUCGUGCAGUCAUCAGCGUACGAGGUUAUGGAGACCCCCUCUGGUGGUUGAGGAAGUUUCGAGAUAGAGAAAUUAAACAGUAACGGGGAGAGGACACCACCCUGCGGAACCCCCUGUUUAAUUCUUCUAAGUUUAGAUGUUUCACCUCGAAAUAGUACGGAUGACUGACGACCGUUCAGAUAGUUCAUGGUCCACCUCUUAAGCCCUGGAGGGAGAGUGGUUUUUUCAAUGUCCUGCAGUAGCGUUGUGUGGUUGACCGUGUCAAAAGCUUUUGACAGGUCCAACGCUACGAGGAUCGUUCUUUCGCAGGGUGGUUUCUGGUUGAGGCCACGAACUAUCUGGGCGUUUAUGACGCUAAGUGCUGUGGUGGUGCUGUGCACUUUGCGGAAACCAUGCUGGUGGCUGGCUAGGCUCAGGUGGUAAGUGAAGGUCGGGAGUAACAAGGCCGCAAGUGUCUUCACUACUGGGGAGAGGAGAGUUAUCGGUCGAUAAGAUUCCCCUUUGUUGGCGGGUUUCCCAGGUUUCAGUAGUGGGACCACUCUUCCGACUUUCCACACAUCGGGUAUUUGAAUAGUGGUGAGCGACAGGUUGAGGACCUUGGUGAGAUAUUUUACUUCCGUCGAGCCUAGAUGCUUUAACAUUAGCAUGUUGAUUCCGCUGUUUCUCUUAUCUGGUGCAGAGUUCUUAUUAAUUCUUUGGCUCGGUUCACUGCUGAUACAAAAUCCAUAGAUUUUUCUUGGAGUUGCACAGACAGUGGCAGCGUUAAGCUGAACAAUUGCUCACAGACGAAUAGACUAAGCAAAAAAUCGCUUUUCUCUACCGCUGCUAAGAAGGCUGAUGCUUUAGACGAAAUGGACCAUGUCUUACUCGAAAUUAUUUCCAAACUUAGUACAAUGAAUUUGAAAAGCUCCACAAAGCUUAUAAUGCUUUCAUGCCUUUCUAUAAACCUUGUUUCACAAAGGCGAACAAGUCGUCUUUUUUUGCUUUCUGGUGCGUGCUUCUGUAUAACGUCCUGGAAAGUUAUGUUUGCAUUUGAAUGGUUUCUAAAUAAAUUUUCUAUUUCAUUGACAAUACCAAGGCAGUUCCGUAUUGAACGUGCUUUUGGAUACAGUUGCCUUAUCCUGGUUUGCACUCCACUUAAAUGCCCUGACAUGUUUGCUGCUCCGUCAUAUCCCUGUCCAACCAACUUUGCCAUAUCAAGAUGGAGAUCUGUACAACGCUUAAGUAUGACUUUUGAUAAGUUUUCAGUCACCGUCUAGUGUAGUUGCGUACGACUGUUAUAGGUUUGAGCUGAGUUGUGUAUAAGAGUUUCAAAAGAUUCAGUCAGUGAUAAAUCCUUUUUAUUUGCGAUUUAUUUAAAAAAUUUCCUUAUUUCGGGGGGGGCUUCAGCCCUCUAGCCCCCCCCCUGGCUACGUGCCUGACGGGACACAAAUAAAUUCAUUCGCCACUGUGAGUCGACCAAAAUAGACGUGCGCUAGGUUUUGAGCGUGAACGUGUGCGUGUGUAUAUCGCGAUGGGUGAACGCAUAGCAGCAGCAGCGGCGACGGCCGUCGGUGCGCGGCAUUCGCGCAUCAGUCCAACACCGGGCCGUGGCAGUAAGGUCGCCUAUACGCUGUGCCCGCGCAUGGAGCCGCCGGAUGAGAAGGCAGCGUUGCAGGUGCAGCGGCGCACCUCGGCAGCGAAGGGGCCGCCAAAUUGUGUGGCCAUACCGAUGUCAUCCAUACAGACUAACACAAAAGUUGGUUACGACAAUGCGGCCGGCACAUCGGCUGCAGUGCGCUCGGAACCGAUUUCAUUGUCAGCGCUGGAUCGCGAUUGCUUUAUUAUACCGGUACACAGUGUCGAUCGUUUUUUGCCAGCUGGCAUACCGCUACCCGCCCCCUCAGCUGAUGGUAAAACCAAUAGCCCACUCAGCAUAUUAGAGGUCUCCGAUCCGAAAUUAUGCAUACUCGUACAUUUGAUGAGUCCUUUGGAACCGAUUGAUCCAAUGCUGGAGUCGCCGCUGUCACAUCCAUUGUUGAAACAACGCGCCGUUGCGGCCGAGCUCGUCUCCGAGGUGCAGCAGGCGAAUACGGCGGUGGGUGGCAUGCUACUGGCCAAUAUGGAGAAGAAUGCGGAUUUUCCAUUUAUAUCGUACUAUUUAAUCAAUACUACACAAACGGAUCCAUCGCACUUUUACUCGGGCAUACGCGUCUCAUCACUAUCGAAAUUCGAGCCGAAAUCACUAAAAUAUACUGCCGCUCAUACCUUGGACUUGUACAGCGAAGUGGCUGCCAUUUGCCGUCCGCCAUUGGUAUUAGCACCCAAUGAAAGUGGUAGCUUCAAGAAGACACAGACGCCAGCAACAGGCUAUAUAAUCAGCGUGUUUAAGGUUUUUGAAGGCGAUGACGGUGAACGUUUUGAGAAGAAUUGGCUGUACUGGACGGGCGCGCGUAUGCUAUAUCGUUAUUUGCCACGCGCCGCUGGUCUACGUCGUAUUGCUCUACAUAAGAGCACCUCGCAGCGUGGCGAUAAAAUGUAUUUGUUGGUGUGCGAAUGUGCUGACUUGCUCAAGGAUAUCUCUUCUGCUGCCUUCUUGAUACCCGCACUACGAGCGCGCCUCUGCGGCUACACGGGACUUUACAAGCCAAUACAAGUGUUCUAAGGUUAUGAGAAAACAUAAAAAAUAAACAACAACAAUUGUCAAUAAAAAAGUAAAAUUUGAGUAGGAAAGCAAGAACUGUAUAACGACAUACAUACAUACACACGUGUGAUAAAUUUAAAUUAAGACAAAAGAAUCCAAAUUGAAAAUUCGAAGAAAAUAAAAAUGAGAAAAAAAAUCAAAAAACUGUUGCAUUAAAUUGAAAAUUGUUAUUUAUUUAUAGAACACAGAUUUAAUAAAGCAAAAAGUGCUAGAAAUAUGAACAUGUGGCAAGCUCAAAAUUUUAGUAGUAAUUUAUAAAAUUGUUUAAAAGUGAAAUAAAAAGAGUAAACUUUUAAUAUGAAUAAAAUAAAAUAAUUAAAAACUUAGUCCAAUAAACCGAAAAGAAAUAACGUUUUUGAACAAUCAGCUUUUAGAAUGAAAAGAUAUGGCAAUAAAGUUGGUACAAUUUUCGCAUGCGAAUGAAUAUUUAGCAAAUAAAAAAAAACAACAGACGAACAUAUACAUAUACAUACAUAUAUGUAUAUAUGUUAAAAUCUACGCAUAUGCAUCUAACUAUUUUUGAAACUACACACCUACGUGAAUAGAAAAAAAUAUAAAAAUAAAUAAUAAUAAAUAAAUAUAUUUAUUAGCCAAAUUAAGCAAUAAAAUAAAUUAAAAUUAAAAAAAAUAUUCAAUAUGAAUUAAUUCUUGCAUACAUACAUAUGUAUGAUCUUUUAUAACUGCUUCAGCACACCAAACUGCAUAUGUAUGCGUGUGACUACAAAUGCCGUUAGCAAUACAAUAUGGCAACGUACAUAAUACUGGCUAAGCCAUAUAAGAGCUUUAAAAUACUUUUUCACCACACUAUUACAUGACCAGCAGGUCACUACUACCGAAAUUCAAAAACAUUAAAAGGAUUAGCGUGGAAACUAACAUAUAGACUCCGUGUACUCGUAGGAAGGGAAUGAACGAUCACACGUACACCAGAGUUUCCGUGAAAUUUGUCAAUUGGGCCUUAAGUCACUCAUAGAAACUUUAACAGAAAUCUCUUGUAGCGUUGUUGGGUAAUUAACAGGUGAUUUAAUCGAUUGGUGACUUGUAGAGUGGUCACAUAUUUAGUA